AUGGAUGAGGCGAAGGUGGAUCACUUCCUCGACUUCAUCUCUAGACCAGAAUUUCUUCAAGAUGUAGCAUAUGGAACUCGUACCAUGAAGCUGAGCCAUGGGGAGAAACUGGAGAUACCAAAUGUUGUGUGCGCUGCAUCUCAAAAAAAGUCCCUGGCUGGAUUAGACAACAUUGCCGCAGAAGGAUCUCAAGCAUUCGAUACCCUACUCAAAGUUUUGGAAGUCCUUGGAGACUGUGGUUAUCCACAUGCAACAAUAGAGGACUUGAAUGUCAAGAUUCAGUCUGCGAGGGUUUACCUAAAGACGGAUUUCAAACUUCAUGUCAGCGAAGCCAGCCAGUGCCCUGACCACUGUAUCAUGUAUGCCUUGGGGGAUGGUACAACACCUUGCAGCCACAAACAUGAUUUUUCAUGUCAACGAUGUGACGAGAUAUCGUAUAUAUUUGAUACCAUCGAGUCAGCCUUCAGCGAUUCAGACGUGUCAUACAGGUAUGAGAAACAGAGGGAAGAGCUUCUUUUUGAUUUUGAAGCGGCAAAGGAGAAGAUCAUUCAACUGAAGGCACAUUUGCUGAGGGCCAAGAACCAGGAGAGGGCCAAGACCAAAAUUCUUGAUGAGCUGCUGCCAAACCAGUGCUUGAUGACCAUGGACUGGGCAAUGAAAUUCCUACCGAUGAAGUUCCGUGAGGCCCAGCAAGACUGGUUUGCUAAGAAAGGCAUCUCCAGGCAUGUGUCUGCGUUGGUGACAAAGACAAUGGAAAACGAGUUCCAGAUACACUGCUUUGUCCACGUGCUCGAUCAAUGCAAGCAGGAUUGGUUCAGUGUCUACUCGUUGAUUGAGGCCUGCAUCGCAAAGCUUCAAGUCGAAUUGCCACAAGUGACAGAGCUGUUCCUUCGGUCUGACAAUGCGGGUUGUUACCACAACGCUUCCCUGCUAUUGUCUCUGCCAUCACUGUCUAAAGCCAAGGGGAUUUUCAUAAAACGAUAUGACUUUAGCGAGGCCCAAUCGGGCAAAGAUAUAUGUGAUAGAAAAAUUGCCCCAAUGAAGGCUCACAUGCAGCGAUAUGUGAAUGAGGGGCAUGAUGUCCAGACUGCCCUGGAUAUGAAGAAUGCUCUUGAGACGUAUGGUGGAGUACGCGGUUGCUAUGUUGCCGUUGCAACCCUAAAGCCCGGAGCAGCCAAAGAAAAGGGCACUUGGCAAGGAAUAACGUCUUACACAAACUUUCAAUUUGAGGAAGAAGGCAUUCGGGUUUGGACAGCGUAUGGUGUCGGGGUUGGCCAAUUCCAUAGCCACAAUGUUGUACUGAAGAAGACCAGACAGGGAUCAUCUGGUGUAGUUAUAGGUGAUUACACUAUACCAGAUCAAAUCACAGGAAGUCUUAGUGCCCACAGUUCCUCACAGAUGGUGCAAGUGCCAUGCCCGGAAGAUGGUUGCGGUAGGAUGUUCCCUAGCCAGGAGGCACUCACCAUGCACAUGGCUUGCGGUACUCAUGAUGCCCUCCCACUGAAGGACACGAAAAUCGAUAAAGUCAAGAGGAAGUGGACUGAAAAAGUCGAUGCCCUUGCAAAGCCUUCUGUUUCCAGUGGUGCUAUUGAAGUGUCGGGCACCGUUGAGUCUGGAAGCAGCCUCGUUAAAAUAGGAUGGGCUCAGCGUGGCCAACGGACUGCACGGCGCAAUGCCCCAGAGGUGCGGGAAUUCCUGGAGAAAGAGUUCAUGAAAGGUGUCAACACCGGUAUCAAGGAGAAUCCCUCAAAUGUUGCCACACGUCUGAAGGCUACAUUCAGCAAAGAGCACUGGCUAAUAUCACAGCAGGUGAUGAGCUAUUUCAGUAGGUUGUCCACAAAGCAGAAAUGUGGACAUCUCCCUGAUGGGCCAGUUGUUGAAGAAUCAACUGAGGAGGAAGUUGCUGCUGUAUCUGCUGCUGUGGUGCGACGCAGACUCAGAAACAAAGUUGCUCAGGAGGCAGGUUUCUAA